GUCCUCCUGCUGAGCCUCUGGAGCCCACCCGACCCCUCCCCACACUCCCUGCCCGCCGGAUCCACUCCCCAGAGAGGAAGCAUGAGCGUCAGCCCAGGCCCCCAAGGCCACCACUGGGAGACCGGCCAUCCACCCCGGGUACAAAGCCCAACAUCUGUGAUGGCAACUUCAACACUGUGGCUCUCUUCCGGGGCGAGAUGUUUGUGUUCAAGGACCGCUGGUUUUGGCGUUUGCGGAAUAAUCGGGUUCAGGAGGGCUAUCCCAUGCAAAUUGAACAGUUCUGGAAGGGAUUACCAGCUCGCAUCGAUGCUGCCUAUGAGAGGUCUGAUGGGCGAUUUGUCUUCUUUAAAGGUGACAAAUAUUGGGUCUUCAAGGAGGUGAGUGUGGAGCCUGGAUACCCUCAGAGCCUGGGAGAGCUGGGUACCUGCCUACCCCGUGAGGGCAUAGACACAGCUCUGCGCUGGGAGCCUGUGGGCAAGACAUACUUUUUCAAGGGGGAGUGGUAUUGGCGCUACAAUGAGGAGAGACGGGCGACUGACCCUGGAUACCCUAAACCAAUCACUGUGUGGAAGGGCAUCCCCCAAUCCCCUCAGGGGGCCUUCAUCAGCAAAGAAGGCUGUAAGUGUCCUGACCUGG